GGGAACGAUUUCACCGACGCCUUUCAGGGGCUCUUUUCAUUAACAAGCAUCACGUCCAACGCCGCAAAUUAUUGUUAACGCAACAAUCAUCAGAUGACCUUUCCGGCAAGACCGUCGCAUGUUUCGCCCGGUCUUCUGCGCUUUUAUUCCCGUCGAUCUCGCAGCGGGCACGCCCCCCUCUGCAGGAUUACGUAAUUCACAACGCUCAGCGAUGUUCAACAAGGUCUUCCAUACCUAUAUCCACCGUCCGCGCCGAGGGUGGAGACAUGUCAAGCACCUGUCUGUUUAUCACCGAUAGUUGACGAGCACAAGGAAGUAUCCAAAAAUGGGAACGCUGAAUAUGUUACACCCUCAAAACACCUAGUCCCAAUGAAAAUCUAGUUUUUUCCUUUCUUGAUGAGUGUAAGUGGCAAAAGGCCUGGUAGGAUGGGCACGAGGAAUGAUCGAAAUCAGCAUAAAAAUUAUAAAUAAGCCACACAGAGCGACCUAUAUAAGAGAAAUUCCCCCAAAACGAUCACGCUUAGAAACACAGAAGACAAAAACCACGCUCAUGACGCUCCUCAUAAAAAACUCGAAACAGCUAGCAUCCAAAUAAAAUAUGUCUAUCUGGGAUGAUAUAAUACAGCUGAAUAAUUUAAAACCACUGAAACUGAGUUUACAACAGUAGUUCGGUAAAAUCACUGACGUUCCAUGCGGUCGUGCGCCCCGACACCAAAUGUCACCAAUAUUACCCCCGGACUGUCCGCGUGUUCGCUUGCAUAUGUCAGCAUCUGGUGUCGCUAGUAUGAAACUUCAUAACCAGGCGAAAAUUAUUAUACUUGACCUCAAAAUGUAAAAAACGCUUCAUUUUCCUUAAAAUUGCAAGUUAAAUGUAGUAUAACCCAUGUUUUCACCAAUCCGUCAUUUCAAAAAAUCAUUAAAAAUAUCAUUCGACGGUCAAUUUCCUUGUGCAACGGUCAGAUUAAAGAUAAUUUUAUAGAGACUUAGUAGAUACUUAAAUUAGCGUGCACUUUUUUGAGACGUGAUGCACUUAUGAGUUUUAGUGGGUGAACGACCGAAAAAUUACCUUCCGUUCCCAUUAAUGGGAACGCCCGUUCCCAUAUUUGGGAACUCCGUUCCCAAAAAUGGGAACGUUCCUAUAUUUGGGUACUCAUGACCAUAGUUCCGCCUACUGAAAAUAGACGUCGUGUGUUUUGUUGAAGGCAAAGUAACUGUGCCAAGGAAUAAGACGCGCAAGUAUUAGACUUAGAUUCGAAGCUGCCAACUAACGGCUUAUUUGAAGAGGUUGAGCGUCUGGUUCAGAUGCAAUUAUUGUUUGCUGUUUCCUAGUGAAUUUGUCAAGUGUUUCAUGGUUCUUUGCAUAUUUCAAGGUGUUACUGGGAACAUAUUGCCCCAUACUUCAAAUCAAGGACAUUGUUUGCCACUUGUCUGCAAGAGAAGGGAAGACCUGCAACAACUUUAAAAAGCCAUCCGUGAAGCCGCCAGCCAUUACGAUCCAGCUAGUGGUGGUGGUGAACCUGCCUGUUGAAGGAUGUAAUGAAGAUAUGACUAAUGAACAAUAGUGUUAUGAGCAUCAGUUUGCUGCAGAAGAUUGAUUGCAUAUCUCCAAAGAAUGGCUAAUUCCAUGGAGAAUGGUGUUAAAGAUGAGCCCAAGACUCAAUUUACUGCACGCGAGGGAACCUAUAGGUUGAUGACACAUUCAGACUACUCCAGACAAAAUAGAGUUGGUUAUAGUAGUACAGGACAUGGGAAUAUUCCUGUCAGAGUUUCAUUUGUUACUGUAGAUGAUACAUGUGGCCCAAGUGAGAGGAUAUGCUUUAAUUAUGGAAGGGAACUAUAUGUGUAUGUGUACAAGGGUGUACAAAAGGCAGUGGAUCUGAGCAAACCUGUGGACAAGAGGGUGUACAAGAGCACGAGUCCAACAUGUCACGACUUCAUUGUGUCCAAGAGCUCACCGGACUCAACAUCUCUGCUGGUGGGCUUCACCGGCGGUCAGGUUCAGCUCAUCGACUCGGCACGGCAGGACGCCAGCAACAUCUUCAAUGAUGAGCAACUGAUCGAGAAGACCCGGGUGACGUGCGUCAAGUGGCUGCCCAACACACCGCACCAGUUCCUGGCGUCACACGCCAGCGGCCACCUGUACCUGUACUCGGAGCGGCUGCCGUGCGGCCCGGCCGCGCCCACCUACCAGACCUUCAAACAGGGGGACGGCUUCACCGUGUACACGUGCAAGGCACGCAGCACGCGCAACCCUCUCUACCGCUGGGCGGUGGGCGAGGGCGCCGUCAACCGGUUCGAGUUCUCUCCCAGCGGGCGUUACCUGGCCACAGUCUCCCAGGAUGGCUGUCUAAGGGUGUUCCGGUAUGAUAACAUGGAGCUGGCAGGGGUGGCGCGCAGCUAUUUCGGCGCGCUGACCUGCGUGGCCUGGUCGCCCGACUGCCGGUACGUGGCCGCCGGUGGUGAGGACGACCUGCUGACCGUGUGGAGCGUGGCAGAGCGCCGCGUGGUGGCGCGUGGCCGCGGCCACCGCUCCUGGGUGGCCGACGUCGCCUUCGACCCGUACACGAGCGUGGUGGACGGCGGCGGCGAGCCCGCCUCCAACGGCAACGGCUACUCGUCGGACGAGGGCGGCGCGGCGCCGGCGCCGCCGCUCGUCACCUACCGGAUCGGCUCGGUGGGCCAGGACACCCAGCUCUGUCUGUGGGAGCUCACUGACGACGUGCUGCGCCGGCCGUACGGACGCAGCCGCGCCAGUGUGGCCGGCGUGGCCUCCGAGCCGGCGCCGCCCGCCUCGACGGGCUCGCUGUCCGCGCGGCUCUCCUCCCUGGGUCUGGGCGGCGAGCAGCGGCGCGAGCCCGGCCGCCGGCUCGGUCUGCUGCUCGGCGGACACCGCGCAGAGAAGGCCGCAGAGCGCGCCGGCUCGGCGGCCGGCGGCGGCGGCGCCGCGCAGCGCCGCGAGCGUGACCGGCUCAUCGGCACGCCGGGCUGCCCGCGGCUGGCCGACUGUCCCAUCCUGGAGCCGCACGUCAGCUGCCGCGUGUCGCACGAGCGCCUGACGGCACUGACCUUCCGCCGAGAUUGCGUGGUGACCGCCUGCUGCGACGGCUACGUCUGCACCUGGGCGAGGCCCGGCACCGUCACCGGUGCGUGCUCGAGCUCGAGUCCAGCGGCCACGCACGGCGACACGAGCACCGUGGUCUGACGCCCCGGCCGGCACCAGAGCCGGUCCCAACUGUGAUAGAGAGCACGGCCGCGCCACCUGUGCGGCGCCGGCCCAACUCGAGUCUGCCGCUCGGGCCGGCAGAUGGCGCGCGGAGCGCUCCGUGUCGCGCGGCCGCCGCUCGGGUCUCCUGCUCAGCGGCCGCCUCCCUCGUGCGCGCGCGUGCAAGAUAUUUAUAGUGAAAUAUAUGGUGCUUCGAUUG